GAGAACAAGAUGGCUGUCCCAAGACGAGACGCAAGACUUCUCUCUCUCUCUCUUCUUUUCGCGUAAACACGGCGAUUUAACGUUGUUGUUGGUGUAGUAGAAAACUAAUGAUCAAAUAACAAAUGGAAGCUCUCUAGGGCGCCGUUGUUUUAGGGUGACGUUAACCAUUUUGGAAGUUCGUUUGAAAGUUUUGUGAGUUUUUUGCAGCGACGUCUUGCGCGAGAGUGAGCCUUUUAACACCAAUGAGCAGAUUCGUCAAAUUUAUUAAGCUUUGUUUGAUUAAUUAAGUGGAUUUUUGUUAACUUUCGAAAGGAACAAAUUAUUUUUUUUAGCUGCUUUUGGUAUUUUGUGUGAGACUUUUUUCGCUUUAUUUGGAGGCAUAAUACAGCUGCGUCUAGACCUCCGUGACGUAUGCCACCGUGGAUGAAAAAGUAGCCGCCAACCAUGAGCUCAUCACGGGUCAGACCCCACCAACACGCCGCUCGCUCACCGCACACCUCCGAGGCGAGCGAGGGCAUCGAGAUGGAGAGCAUCCACCAGCAACAUCAUGGGGAUUUAGGGGUGUCUGCUGGCACCCCGUCCUCUCCGUCCAGACAAGCCUGGAGCAGGGACAACCCCGGUUUCGAGGCCGGGGACGAGAUUAUGGCAGCGGACUGGCCUGCGGCGAGCCCCGGGAGGAGGUCGGCAUCCACGGCCUCCAGCAACAGCAACAGCAGCUGCAGCAGCGGCCUGGGCAGCUACAACGGCACUGGGGGCAACCCUCACCAGGGAGGAGCGCACCCAAGUCCGGGUGGGGACGAGAGGCAGCAGGGCAGGCAUGAGCACAGCAGCUGUAUGAAGCAGAUACUACAGAAAAUUAGAAUUCUCUGGGGUACAGAGCUAAUGGAGGACAGCAACAGCAGUCGAGAGAGGUACCUCUGGAACGUCCUGAGGGAGAUGAUCACAUACGUCGCCUUCCUCGUCACCGUCUGCAUCCUGACAUAUGGGAUGGUGAGCACCAACAUGUAUUACUACACCAAAGUCAUGUCGCAGCUUUUCCUGGACACGCCGCUUUCUGCUGGAGAGUCUGCCACUUUUAGGAGCCUUUCAACCAUGGAAGAUUUCUGGAAGUUCAGCGAGGGGCCUUUCCUUAAUGGCAUGUACUGGGAAGUGUGGUAUAACAACAAGAGCCUGCCGGAGAACCAGAGUCUCAUCUUCUACGAGAACCUCCUCCUGGGUGUACCGCGUCUACGUCAAGUCAAAGUUCGCAACGAAUCCUGCAGCGUACACGAAGACCUGAGAGAUCACGUUCAGGACUGCUAUAAUAUCUACACGCCCGCCAAUGAGGACACCGCUGCGUUUGGACCCAAGAAUGGAACAGCGUGGAUCCACACAGCGGAGGGCGGCACGAACGGGAGCAGCUACCAGGGCCAGGUGUCCAAAUACAGAGGCGGAGGAUACUACCAAGACCUGUCUCGUACCAAAGAGGAGUCAGCGGCCCAACUGCAGUUUCUCAAAGACCACCUGUGGCUGGACAGAGGCACCAGGGCGGUCUUCCUCGACUUUGCCGUCUACAACGGAAACAUCAACCUCUUCUGUAUCACCAGGUUGUUGGUGGAAUUCCCUGCGACGGGCGGUGUGGUGACUUCCUGGCAGUUCCAAACGGUGCGCCUGAUACGAUACGUGACCAGCUGGGACUACUUUGUGGCUCUGUGUGAGGUCACGUUCUGCUUGUUCAUUCUCUACUACGUGGUGGAGGAGGUGCUGGAGAUCCGCAUCCACCGAAUGCAUUACUUUAGGAGCCUGUGGAACUGUCUGGAUGUUCUGAUUGUCACGCUGAGUGUUGUCGCCAUCAUUAUGAACAUAACAAGAACAGCCAUGGUCGGCCACCUUCUCAAAAGCCUGCUGGAGAAUUACACCACUCACCCCGCCUUCGAGCCUCUGGCCAACCUGCAGGUCCAAUUCAACAACGUGGUUGCCGUCAUUGUCUUUUUUUCCUGGCUUAAGCUUUUCAAGUUCAUCAACUUCAACAAGACCAUGAGUCAGCUCACGGGCACCAUGUCUCGCUGUGCUAAGGACCUCGUGGGCUUCGCCAUCAUGUUCUUCAUCAUCUUCCUGGCCUACGCCCAGUUGGCCUACUUGCUGUUUGGAACGCAGGUGGACGAUUUCAGCACCUUCCAAGCCAGCAUUUUCUCACAGUUCCGCAUCAUUCUGGGAGACUUUGAGUUCUCCGAGAUCGAGGAGGCCAACCCUGUACUCGGACCCAUUUAUUUCACAACAUUUGUCUUCUUCAUUUUCUUCAUCCUUAUGAACAUGUUCCUGGCCAUCAUCAAUGACACCUACUCAGAGGUCAAGGCGGAUAUGUCUCAGCAGAGGUCUGACAUGGAGAUGACCGACCUCAUCAAGAAGGGUUGUAACAAAGCCCUGAUGAAGCUGAGGCUGAAGAAGACGGCGGUGGACGACAUCUCAGACAGCUUACGUCAGGCCGGCGGCAAACUCAACUUGGAUGAACUGCGACAGCACUUAAAAGGGAAAGGCCACACGGAUGCAGAGAUCCAGGCCAUAUUCGCCAAGUACGAUCACGACGGCGAGCAGGAGCUGACGGAACAUGACCAUCAGCAAAUGAGAGACGACCUCGAGAAGGAGCGAGAGGACUUGGACCUGGAACGCAACUCACUGACCAGACCCUGCAGUGGGAGGAGCUUCCCGCGUACGCAGGACGACUCAGAGGAGGAUGACGAUGAGGAUAGCGGGCAUAGCUCGCGUCGACGGGGCAGCAGCUCGGGUGGCGUCUCCUACGAGGAAUUCCAAGUCCUGGUGAGACGCGUGGACAGGAUGGAGCACUCCAUCGGCAGUAUCGUGUCCAAGAUAGACGCUGUGAUAGUCAAGCUGGAGGCCAUGGAGAGGGUGACGCAUAAACGGAGGGAUGUGUUGGGAAGACUGUUUGAAGGAGCCAUGGAGGAUGAGCGUCAAGGCCGGGACACCGACACCCACAGUGAGCAGGAGAGGCUGGUCCGAGAGGAGCUGGAGCGCUGGGAGUCAGAUGACAUGGCCUCGCAGGUCAGCCACCCUCAUCCCGCCACGCAGGUCGGCUCGCGGCCACGCCCUUCCUCCUCCCAGUCCACGACCGAUGCUCACGACACGGGCGUUAACGGAAUUGGUCACGUAUAAAAGAAAGAAAAAGUCAUAUUUCGCCUCUGUUUUUUCCACCCAGUGGCAGAAGCCGGAAAAGACACUAAAAACACAAAGUAGAAUCCCACAGAACAAAUGAGACCAAUCACAAAUUGUUUCUUUGUUUCUUUCGGCUUUUUCCUGAUUACAGAGUCGCCACAGCGGAUCUUUUUGAUCCGCAUACUGAUUGUACGUGUUUAAAUUUCAUAACAUGCUACCAAUGAGAAUACUCACCUCCAGUGCAAUGAAUGUAUCGGCGAGGUUCUCUUCAUAGAUUUGCGUUCUGUAAUGUUGUUGUUUUUUUUUUUUUUUGUAAGCAUCACUCACACCACAAAGGACUUUAAAAAAUAUAUAUAUUUGAUAAUUCCCAUGAGGGAAAUGAAGAAAAAUUGAUUAUAUGUGAAGAAGUAACAGUGAAGAAUGAGAAAAGCUACCUUAAAAUCUUAAAAAAUGACAAGAAGCUUUACAGCAAUAAAAUCGGAAGGUUAAUAAUAUACCGAUAAUGUAAAAAAAAUAAUAAUAAAGUAAAAUUUGACAUGAAAAAAAACUCACAAUAUUACAUAAGAAAUUCUUAAUGUUAUGUGAAAAAAUACCAAAAUUUUACAUAGAAAAAUUGUAAUGUUAAGUGAAAAAAAAAUCACAAAAUAUUGCAAGAAAAGGUCUGAAUGUUAUGGAAAAAAAAAUAUUUCAAGAAGUUACGAAAAAAAAAGCAAUAUUUCAAGAAAAAGUUUUAAUAUUACUUAAUGUUUUGAUUAAGUCACAAAGAAAAAAAUCAUAGCAUCAUGAAAAAAAUGUUCCAUUGUUAUGAGCACAAAUUUAAAAUAAAUUUGUACUGUAACAAGAAAAGUCAAAGUGUUUCGAGAAUUAAGUUGUAUUAAGUUUUUAAAAAAAGUAUGUGUAAUGUUGUGAUGUUACCAUAAUAAAGUUGCAUCAUUCCGUCAAUAAACCAUAACAUUACGGGAUCAAAGUUACAAUUUAAAAAAAACAGAGAAAAGAUUGUAAUGUUACGGGAACAAUUUUUACGAGAAGAAUUUCACGUGAAAAAAAAAUUCAGAAUAUUCCGAAAACAGGGAUGCACUUUUGUGAGAAAAAAUCGUAAUCUUCCGAAAAUGUUCGCAUUUUUACUGGAUAUAGUCAUACUGUUGGAAAAAAAAAGUCUUAAUGUUACAAGACUGAAGUCAAUUUCUUUAAUAAAAGUGUCGCAAUAAUGUUUUUACGUUCCAAGAAUAGUUAUAUUUUUUUCCAGAGUAAUGUUGUCAUGUUAUGAGAAUACCGUAAUAUAACUAGAUGAUCGCAGUGUGAAGACAUUGAAUGUCCUAAAAUUUGCGGGAAAAAAAUGUAGAAGAAAAAAAUUUGAGAAAAGGGAAACAGCAAAUAAUACAGAAAACAAUAGAAAAAAAUUUGGAUAAUAGCACAAAUGAUUUAUUCUGAUACAGUAUAUUUCGUGUGGCUCCAUUUCUCAUUUGGUACCAAAGUCGGCUGUGAGAAUCUGAAAAUUCCGCUUUGCAAUGCAUGUUCUUAAUACAUGACGACAAAUACGCUCGCUGGCCAUCAUAUUACAAAUGACUGUCGAAAGUUCAUUUUGUUCACGUUUAAUACGCAGUAGUUACAAGUGUGCAUUCUGCCUUACAUCAAUGAAGCUUCAAAUGAAAUAGCUUAUUAUUGUUUAUGACACAAAUUGUAACUUGAAACAAACUUCAAUUUGGAGUGCAACUAGUGUUCAUGGGAAGCCCAUGCAUUUAUUAUUUUCACUUGUGCCUUAAUAUUUUAUUAUCUGUGCCUUUUUUUAAAAAUGUGUUUACCAAAUAAAAGUGUUAUCAAAAA